GAGUUGUUAAAGUAGUUAACGAUAGUUCUUCCAAAGAAGAAAGUAAAAAAAAAUUGCUGGAUGCCUUCCGGGAAGAAAUAAAGGAUUUAAGAGAUACCACGGUAGAUUUAUUUUUAGCUGACCUUAUUAUCAAGGCGGAAAAGGCCAUUGGUGAAAUUCAAAGUCAAAGUCGACGAAGAACUGAAGCCGCCAAGCGAGAAAAAUAUCGAGAAUUAGUUAGUUUGAUGAAGCAAAUUGAUUUAUAUGAAAAAGAUAAGGACAUCAAAAAAAGAAAAAGUGACCAAGAAUUUUCUGAUACACCUAACUUGUUAGAAAGUUAUCUUAAUCCGGAACAAAAAGACUAUGUUGAUGACCACCGAAGAACUAUUAUUAGCGCUCAAUCCCAUUCUAUUGCGGAAAGACAAUUGAUUCCCCAUGAAGAAAGGAUUAUUUUGUUAAGUCGUUCGGAGAAUAAAAAGGAAAAUAAGGUCAAUAACUAUUUAACGGUUCAUCAUCUUUCAGCAUUGGAACCAACCAAUAUUCCUAGUCAAGGUAAAGAAUUAAAAACCCGAGGCGAUAAUUGGGUAUUAAUUAAACUUGACCGCCAGUAUUUCACUAGAAGCCAAAAAGGAGAAUUGAAACCAACUUUACGAUCCACUGAAUUCUUUACCGCGGCUUUACCAGUCCCCGAAGAAUUUACCGACCAAUUCUUGCUUAUUAUUACUCAAAAAGGAAAAAUUAAACUAAUUGCCAAAGAAAAAUUGCAAAAUAUUAGCAAAUCAGGAAAGAAAUUGAUUAACCUUUACCAAAAAACGAUUGAAAAAUGUUCCCUGCACCAAACUCAAUUAGUCGAACAUAAGGCCAUUUCCCAUGUUUGUGGAAUUGGAUGCUCCCCACGAAGGGAACUACAAAAGAAGAUUAAAGAAUGUGGUAAUGAGGAGAUAGAGGUGGUUUUCAAAAGGAAAGGCAAAGAUGGUCAAGCAAAAAACCUAAAAACCUCGAUUUAUCGCCAGAUGCGCCAAAGGGAUGAAGAAGGAAAGUCAAUUUAUUGUCCGACUCAUCAAACUAAAUUAAAAGGACAUAAAUCACAACCAAAAAUUGAAUUAGUUCCGACGGUAAAUCAAAAAAGACGACUUACUGAAAAGGAAACUAUGGAAGAAAAGGUAUUAAAGUCUACUUUACCACCCGAAGUUAAGGAAAAAGUCUUGAAAGAUAUUAAAAUAAUUACUGGAUUAAAUACCAAGGAGAUGACCAGGAAGAUUGCUAAUUCACCAGUUGAUGCAACCAUUAGCCAGGAGGCGAUUAAAAGCCUGACCAAGGACUUAAAACAAAAAGGCGAGGUUUACCAAAAAUUAUUGAACGAAGUUAAAAAUCAGCAGGAUAAAAUAGGCAUUUUCAAAGAAAAGAGUAAACGAUGUAAGGAUUGUCAAAAAUAUUGUGCUAAGCAUGAAAAAGAGUCUCAACAAGUAAAUGCUGAACACGAAACAUGUAAUCACUGUCACAAGUAUGAUAAACAAAUUCAGCAAUCCAAAGAAAAAGUAGAAGAAAUAAAAGGAAAAUUAGAAAAUUUAAGGAAAAAGAAACCUGGAGCAAGUAAAGAAAUACAAAAAUUGGUUAAUGAAUUGGCUAAGAAAAUGAAGCAAGGUGAAAAAAUUCGUUAUGAAGCCCUUGGUAAUCGAACUAAAUGUCCAAUUUUAAAUAAAAUAAAAGCCGAAAGGAAAGCCUGCUCUAAAUGUCGGGAACAAGAGAAAAAGAAACAUUUAGCCCAGUUAGAAAAUCCUUUACAUCAAGUCUGUUUGGUCGAUAAGGAAAAAAAUCUGGAAAUAUACCUCUUAGCCGAUACGGAUAUUCUUAUGAAAAAGCAACAGGAAAGCCAAGCAGGUUAUAAUGCUCUUCAAGAGAAAUUAAAAAAAUUGGAGAACGAUUAUUCGGCAACCAAAGAGAAAUUAAGAAUGUGUGGUUACAAAGAUAGUUCGGAGAAUGGGGAUUGA